AUGUCUUUGGACCCCUUCGACGACGUCCUCACCCUCGAGGACCAAUUCUUCGCUGAGGGCUACCGCCAGGGCACCGAGGACGGCAUCCAGGCCGGCAAGAUCGAGGGCCGCUCCGUCGGCCUGGCAAAGGGCUACGAAAAGUUUCUCGAGAGUGGCAGGAUACACGGCCGCUCCGUCGUGUGGGCAAACCGGCUGGCCCUGCCGCAAAAGAGCGGCGCCGCAAACCCUUCAAACUCUUCCUCACAAUCACCACGAGACCCCGCGGGGGCGCCACGGCGGCAAGGGGUCUGCUCCCUGCCGCCACUGGCGAGCAAUGCGAGGCUCGAGAAGAACGUCACAGCAGCAUUCGCGCUCGUCGAACCGGACACGCUGGCCAGGGAGAACAGCGACGAGGCCGUCAACGACUUUGACGACAGGCUCAAGAGGGCGCAGGGCAAGGUCAAGAUCAUCGAGCGCAUGACGGGCGAGGCGGCUGCCGAUUCGAAGGUGGCGGAGGCGAAAGAGGUGUGA